AUGUCGUACGACGACGAGUCUGAGGACUACUACUACGACGGCGAGGGCGGGUACGACGACGGGGACAACUCGUCGUACCAUGGCGAGUCUGUCGACGGAGGCGACGGCACUGAUGCCGAGGCAGCAGCCCGCGGGCCGGACAUGGCCUUCCUCCCAGCCGUUGAUCGGCCCGCCGCAAAGAUCAUUGUCGAGGUCGGGCUCAAGGAGGCUCUAGAAGAGGGCACGCUGCAAGAGUUCCACGAGGUCGUGGCCAUGGUCCACGACACCGAGGGCAGGCGGAUGGCGGUGGUGGACACGACGACGCUCAGCGAGCUGGACGGUGCUGUGGCGCAUCCCAAGCACUUUGAGUCGCCGGAGGAGGCCGACGAGCUGACGUGGGAGGGCGUGCGGAUCGAUCUGGCGGCGCUCGACUCGGAGAUUGAGGCGCUGUCGGUCAUGCUGUACUCGUCGGCGCCGCUCGACGAUGAGGCCGGCUCGGAGCUGCCCAACAUGCCGCAAACGCUGUACUGCAAGGUGCUGGACAACAGCGAUGUGUCUGUGGCGUACGAGGCCAAGCCGGUGCUUGCAGCCUUUGAGGCGCCGCUGGAGGUUGGCCCGCGCGGCUCGGUCGUCCUCACCCUCAACCGGGUCAACUGGGCCAAGAUUGUGGAGGAGCGCGAGGCGGCGGCCGAGGCCGAGGCCGAGGCUGCCAGCGAGGGCGAGGGCGGCGCCGGUGCCGGUGCGCCAACACUGGCGGUGACUGGCGAUGACGACGAGUCGCCGAAGCGGAUGACGGUAGCGGCGUCGACGCUGGGCAUUGCGGCUGCGCAGCCGCUGGGCUCUGGUGACUCGGCGCGGCACUCGUCCACGCCGCAAAUCGGCGGGGCGACGCCCGGCGGAGCCGUCGACGACAUGUCGUCGUCUGAAGCGGCGGCGGCGGCGGCGGCGGCGGUGGCCGAGUUUGCCGGCGUCCCGGUGGAAGAAUCGUGGCAGGUCAAGUUUCUGGCGCGUGUGGCGGAGCAAGACGACGUCGAGUACCAGGAGCUGCUUGCGCUGGCGGAGGAGCUGAUGGUGGCGCGGCAGAAGAAGGCGCCAGUGCGCUCGGUGGCACUCAAGGCGGCGCACCCGGUGGCGCUCCCGCGGAACCCAGAGACGUUUGCGGUCGAGAUUGCUUGGGCGAUGAAGAACCCCGAGGCGUACCCGCUGUUUGGCGGUGGCGGCGACGACGGUGACGAGGGCGGUGACGGUGACGAGGCCGGCGACGGCGACGACGGUGACGGCGAUGGAUACGACGACUCUGGGUACGACGAGAAGAAGCGCGGCGGCGGCGACGGGUACGAUGGUUACGACGGGUACGACGACGGCGACGGGUACGACGACGACGACGAGGCGGCGGUGGCCGAGGCCGAGGCGCGGCGCAAGGCCAAGAUUGUCCAGGCCGCCGAGGCUGUACUUGCCAAGGAGGUGCAGGUGGUGGCGGUGACGACCGACGCACGCGGCAAGCCGCUCGAGCUUAUUCCAACGACAGUGGGUCGCUCGUCCGACGGCGGGGUGCAGCACAAGCCGUCGCGGCGGAACGCGGCAGGCGACUUUGUGUCGACGCUCACGUUUGAUCCGUCGCGGAUGGCACCCGAGGUGGCGGGUGUGACGUUUAUGGUUGUCGACGUCAAGAGCCACCUCGGCGAGCUUGCGGCGUCGCGUAUCCGGCUCCUCAACACGACUGGCGUGGACGUGGACGAGGCGCUGGCGCAGCCGGAGGAAGCCGGCGGCGACGGCGAUGGCGGCGACGAGUUUUCCGACGACGGGACGGCGGACAUGGACUCGAAGGACUCAUCGGGCUCGUCGCCCAACUCCCGCGGGUCGCGUGCGUCGCGGGCAUCGCGGCAGUCGUCACGGCAGUCGCGGCGGUCAUCGCGUACGCGCGGGUCGAGCGGCGACGGUGGGAGCAAGAAGAAGAUGUCGUCGCGGUCGAUGUCGGAAAAGAUGGGUCCUGCGACACGGACACCGUCGGCUAACUCGCUCCUCUCGACGGCGCGAAGCAAGAUCGCGUCGUCGGUGGCGGUGCUGAAGCGGCCGGACGAGGCAUUCUACCAGGCCGCGGCAGAGGCGGCGAGCCCCGAGGCUACGCUCCCUGUGGAGCCCGAGCUCGGGCCGGAACUUGCGUCGUUUGUGGUGACCGAGGUGACCGGGUCGGAGGCGCCGGUAGUGGGCGUUGCGCGGCCGUCGACGCCGCCGCUCGGCGACCCUGAGCCUGCGGGAGGUGCGGCGGCGAGUGCGGAAGAGCUUUUGCCGUCGGCGCAGGUGGUGUGCCGGGUGCAGCGGGCCGGCCGUGGCGAGAGGCGGGGCAUGGACGACGGGUCGGUCUCUGACGGCGGCGGGUAUGACGACGACGAGGACGGUGGGCGGAUGGGCGGCGGCGGGUGGGAGAUUCUCCCGCUCGGCUCGCUGCUGCCGGGCGCCGGGCUGGAGGCGCUGGAAGCAGCACUGGAGCGAUCGAUCCACGAGAUCAUUCCGCGGUUCACGGUCGACCUUGUGCCGAACGUGACGCAGCGGCUGAAGGACUACAAGGAGGGGUGGGACUACACCAACGUGGUGUUUGGCUUUGGGUGGGAUGGUGAGGGCAUGGACGCUUACGACGAGUUCCCACUUCACGUCGGGUGCAUGCUUCUCGAUGAGCGCGGGACGGAGCUGGCAACGAUUGGGCUGGCGCGGCCGUCGUCGGUCGACGGCUCGGUUAUGCAUCUUGUGAGCGCAGAGCUCCGCGAACAGGAGGCGAAGCUCAAGCGCGAGGCCGACGCUGCAGCGUCUGCGGCGGCGGCGGCGGCGGCGCGGGCGGCUGGCGAGGACGUCGACGAGUACGACGACGAGUACGACGAUGCGCGCGGAACCGAGUCGAACACGGCGUACUCGACCGGCUCGCCAAGGUCAGACGGCGGCGACGGCGGUGACGUCGCGGGCGGCGAGGUCGACCUCGACGUGGAGAAGAUUGCGGUGGACCUGACAAAGAUCUCGGACAAGGUUGCGGCAUUUGUGCUUGUCCUCGGCAUGCACGUGGAAGAGGAGCUGACACCCGAGCUCGACGUGUACAUGCGUGUGCUUGACCAGACCAAGGUUGCAGAGAGCGGCGAGGCAGUGCAGCUCGGAUCCGGCUUUGAGGCCAUGCGGUACUCACUCCUCUGCGAGGAGGGCCACACGUCACUGGUGGUGGCGCUUGUGACGCGGUCGAAGGAGACCGGCAAGUGGCAGAUCCAGCCGGUGGAGCAGUACUACGAGGGCAUCGACUUUGCGGACGUGCUUGUGGACAUCGAGAACGCGUACCGCGAGACGGUUCCGGAUCCGGUGGUGCAGCUGCCGGCGAGUGUGGCGAGCCGAGUGCCGCGGCAGGUGCUGGAUCUGUCUGGCUACGCCGGCACGUCGCUGGAGCGGACGCUCGCGCUGAUCAAGCCGCGGGCGACGGCCGCCGGGCACAGCGGGGCCAUCCGCGAGUUUGUGGCGCUCCACGGCUUUGCGGUGGUCCGGCAAGUGCGGACGCAGCUGACGCGACCGCAGGCGGCACAGUUCUACGCCGUCCACAAGGGCAAGCCGUUCUACUCGCGUCUGAUUGGCUUUAUGUCGUCGGGCCCGAUCGAGGUGCUGGUGCUCGCGCGGCGCGGCGCGGUCGGGGCGUGGCGGACGUGCGUGCCGGCGCUCCGGGCCAAGUUUGGCACCGACGCCACGCGCAACGCGGUCCACGGCUCGGACUCGCCUGCCAACGCCGCCAAGGAGAUCAAGUUCUUCUUCCCGGACAUGGUGUCGGCCAUUCCGGCCUCGGUCGACGCCGUGCAGUUCCUCAACGCCAAGGUCAACCCGGUCCUGCUCAAGGGCCUCACGGCGCUGGCCAAGGCCAAGCCGGCCGAGCCGCUCGAGUGGCUUGCCGCCUGGCUCCUCGACAACAACCCGAACAAGCCCAAGUGCGUUGUUGAUCUGGCGUGA